GGAUCUGCAUGGAGAUGGCGCGGGUGCUAGCGGCACGUGGGGCGCGGCACCCACGUCGUCAUAGCCGCUUGGAACCUCACCGCCGCCGAGACCAUGCGCCAAGCCACAACUUCGCAGCCGACUUCGCUGACAGGGGCCUACCGCUCAACAUCCUCCUGUUGCUGACUUUGGUCUGGCCAAGAUCCAGCACGAAGACGACAGAGCCAUGUGUCUACGCUGGUGAUGGGGACUUUCGGCUCCUUGUCAUGGGCGGCGCCGUUGUCGGCAGGGCCGUUUCUUCUUCGAAUUACCACGCACGCGCGUCUUGUUUGUUGGAAGAAGAAGGUUGUUCACAAGAAGAUGGCAGGGAGAAGCAGGCUGAUUCGAUUCGAUCCUCAAGGUAGCCCUUCCCUUCCCCUUCUCUCUUCGAUUCAAUCCGAUCUAUGCACAAAGUUCACUAGUUUGGAUGCAUCAUAGAACUUGUGGUGAUGUUGUUUAGAUUGCAGCAAGCAAAAAUACAAGUGUUGAGCUUGUUAAGUGUUUUGUUACGGUGAAAUCUGAACCAUUUAUUGAAUAGUAGGAUGGCCGACUUUCUAUGAUUAUCUCUUGUUGCUAUGUUUGUCUUUUCCAUAUCCAAAUCAUGUCUAUGAAUUGGUGUGCUUGAAAACCAAGGAAUGCUUCUAUUCCUUGUCGGUGUUCUUUUUAUUCUGGUAUAAGAUGAACCAGCUCGUUAUUUGUUUGUUGGUUGGUUUGC